AUGGAUACCGGCAUUCAGUCUCCGCAGUUGGAGAAUAUUGAGACGAAAGCAACAUUUCGUAAGCCUUCCAAUGAUAUGGCUAACAGGAAAUACCGACGCCAUUCUCCUUUGAAUGGAUCACCUUCGUCGGAUGGGGGUAGUCCAGUAGUUCACAGGGAUGAUUCUGCAAAAGCUUCACAGAGAAGGAAGGAUGAAGAGAAAGAACUGGAAAGGGAUUCUAGGAGGAGUCGGUAUCAGAAGAAUGGAGAUUCGUAUAGACAUUCUGAUCGGCAUUCUACCAGGAGUUCUCAUGGUUAUUCUAGGAAUGAUGACUAUAGACAUGACAGGCGAGUUGAUGAUGGAGAGAGACAUUAUCAGGCUUCUUCUCGUUCUGGUUGGGAGUUGAAAGAUGGAGAGCGUGGUAGGUCAAGAGACCAUGCAAGAAAUGUGGAGAAAUAUUCUGGUGAUAGAUAUGAUAGUUUGGGGAACAGAAGUAGGGACAAAGAGAGAGGAUCAUCAGAGCAUCGGCAGUUGAAAGAUAAGGAGUUUUCACCAGACAGAGUUGGAUCUAGUAGGAAAUAUAUGAGCACAGCCUCUGAAGAGAAGGAUAGAGAUCAACACAGGCGGGACAGAGAUGGUCGUGACGAGAGAAGAGAUUAUCAUAGGAGUUCUGGAGAUCAUAAAAGUGAUCGUUCAUCCUACUAUGAGGAAACCAGGGGGCAUCAAACUGACUCUUCUGGAAGGGAUGGCAGACAACGCCUUAGAGAAUCUUUUAAGAAUGACCCCAAGGAAUUGAAUUGUCAGAAGGAAAAGAAACAUGAUAACUGGGAAAGUAGCAGGGAGAAGGAUCGGUACAGUAAAGUUCCAGGGGAGAAGAACGAUGAUAAAUCUGUUUUUGGGAGUGAAAAUCAAGAAUCUCCUGCCAAAAAGUCAAAAUUGUUUAGCUCUAAAAAGGACUCGGAUAACAGCAGAGAAGUUAAUGAAAAGAAGUCUUCAAGUUCAUUGCUGGCCCAGGAGGUAGAAAAUAAGGGCAAUGUAGGACAAACAGAUGCCAAUAAUUUAGAGGCAGCUAAUGACUUAGAUGCUGCAAAGGUUGCUGCUAUGAAAGCUGCUGAAUUAGUUAAUAAAAACCUAGUUGGAGGGGGUUUUAUGUCUACUGAGCAAAAGAAAAAGCUGCUUUGGGGGAGUAAAAAGAGUGCUGCUCCAGAAGAGACUGGUCGCCGGUGGGAUACUGCUAUGUUUGGUGAUCCUGAAAGAAAAGAAAAAUUCAAUAAACUCAUGGGUGUAAAAGGGGACGUGAAGGUGGAACCCAAACCCGACAGUCAAGAUGCAGAGAAACAGAAGGAACUCCAGAUGGAUCUAGAGAAACAGUAUACUGCUGGGCUUCGAAGAAGAGAUGGCCGCACUGUUGGAUUGGGUCUUUGA